AAAUUGAUAAAAAAAAGCUUCUACCCAGGGUUACAUAGUAUAAUGCCUGCUGUGCCACAAAAUUUAAUCAUCAUAGUACGGUCGCAAUAAAUUAUUAUUUUAUUCUGAUUAAGGCGUGGAUCCCGGCUUGGAUAGAACUACUCGUUUCGGAAUAAUACUGCUGGAUGUUUCGGCGCUUUUCCAUGUGGAAUCAGGGGCGGAAUAGCAACAGGAUUAUUGGUUGUUUUUAACAUGAAUUCAGCAGAACUCGUUCUGAGCUUGCAGCAUAGGCCAAACUGACAGAAUUGAUACCGGAGAGAUGACACAUGCCCAAAACGAUCCGUCCUACCAAUCUCGCAUCGAUGCGGCUAUCUUCUGGAUAAUCCGCGUUGGGAUACCAGUCGUAGCUUUUAUUUGUAUCGUCGUCAUUGCUUUCCUUAUUUGCUUGUGUUGGCGGAAGAGGAAAACCGAAAAGAAAUCACGUGAUGAACAUGCUCUAGAAAAUUUCCCGCCAUCGAGGUCCAUGAGCGGCGUUGAAAAGAUAUCCCUUGCAUCCACUUCGUGUUCCAACACCUCAGAGGGUUAUGGAUCGCUCCAUGUCCAUGAUAGUCGCUCGUUGCUGCUCGGACGCAACGCCUCCUCCGUCCACGAAAUCACCCCGGUCGAGAACAUCCACCAUCUCGACAUCGAUGACGUCGAGACAUCUCCCGGCGACAUCGGUCAGGUCCUUCUAUCGUUAUCAUACAGCCAGUCGAACAAGCUGACGAUUACGUUGCUCGAAGUGACGAACUUGUUGCUGAGGCCAUUUUCAGAAAGCAUCGAUCCUUAUGUUCGAAUACGAGUUAGAUCAAGCAAUAAAGAUCAUUUUCAUGAUUUUUACUUCCAAAGCGCGGUCAAGAGGAAAACGCAGAACCCAACCUUUGAAGAAACCUUUGUUGUGAAUCUUUCUCCCGAAGAACUAACGCACUACAUCAUCAGGCUCGAGGUGGUCAAUUUUCAUAAAUUCUCGCGAAAGGACGUGAUUGGCGAGAUUUGUAUUCCUCUUUAUGACGUCACGACAACGAAUGAGAUAACGCAAGCUUACGAUCUGAAAGAGCCGAUGAAGAAAAUGUGCGGUGAGAUACUGCUUUCUCUGAGCUACCUGCCAACAUCACACCGUCUGCUUCUUGGUGUUCUAAGAGCGAGGAACCUUACGUGCCAAGAUGACUCGAGAAAUAUAGACUCUUGUGUUCGGGCUAGACUCAUCAUGGGCGGCAGAAAAUGGAGGAGAAGAAAGACCCGCGUCGCAACGUCAGAUGUCGACCCCGUAUUCAACGACCAAUUCUUUUUCGAAGUCCCCGCGGAGAAACUCGAACGCGUCCAGAUUUUAGUCGCGGUGACGAACGAGCGAGACACCGGACAGGACUCGGAUACGGAUACCGGUUACAGCGAAGCCGAAGUCGGUCAAGUUAUUCUCGGUUAUCGGAGCACACCGCGGGCGCAUGCGCACUGGUUAAAAAUGAUGACGAACCCGAGGGAGAAAUACGCUCAAUGGUAUGACUUGACAGUCUAAACUGCCCCCCCCCCCCACUAUAACACCACCAAGGAAAAUAAAUAA